CAUUUGGAACAUUAGUCAACCUUUAUCUUUUGUUCUCUGUAUUUUUUUGUGAGAGCUUCACCACAACAACCACUUAAUAAGAUAUAUAUUUCUGCUUUGAAAAUGAACAUUUUCCAGUGAACUCUAGCCGUGCUCAUUAGCAUUCCUGCCACGCUGUGGGUCAAAACCUCAAAUGCUCUCGGUGGUGUGCUUUGAAUUUAGUUUUGUGUUUUGUAAAUUUGAAUGAAAAAAAAAAAGAAAAGUGGAUUCUACAGUCCUUAGGUUCUUUUCGCCAGAAGAUUGAGUCUGAAAAGUUGUUGCUAAAUUUGAUUAUUUAAUGAAGCAAAAUGACAAUUGUUUAUUUACAGCUUGUAGCAUUAGAAAAGUGAGAUAACUUAAAGACCUCCGAAUAAUGUGACGACAGAAGCAAGGUCAUUACUGAUUGCUCAACCGCUCUUGCAUCCGUAAUUUAUAUAUUUUCAUUUCAAUAGAAUUAUCAUAAUUUAAAUGAUACAUUAUUAUCCUACAUUAGUGUCAUUUUGCAUUAAGUUGAUUUUGAAGACCUGGAAUGUUGUCCUCUUCAGAAUACUGAACUAUAUGACAAAUUGGAUAAUAAAAAGGAUAGCUCAUCCAAAGACAGAAUUUGUCAUAGUUUACUCGCCCUCAUAUCAAUGUUGCCCUCAUAAAUAACUGUAAACAACCUGGAAAGUUAGAUACUGAUACAUUCCUUUAGGUUGCUUUUACAUUAAUUUGCAUCCCUCUAUGUAUGUAUUUUCUUAUCACAGUGGCAUUGCCUACUGGUGAUUCAAGGGCAUCUAUGACGUCAUCAAAUAAAAGAGGAAAACACCACAAGUGUCUUUCAUUCUGCUUUCACCCACAGAGACAGAAGCCCAGAGAAAAUCAUGCUGAGAGGAUUGAUUAGUUUCAGUGUCUUAAUGAUUGUCACUGAAGGAGCAUCAGUGAAAGUUCAUCCAGGAGGAAACACAACACUUCCCUGUAGCAUUAAAAACGAUACAGAGAUUACCUGGAUCCUCACAAAUGGAAACCAAACAUUUGCCAGAAUUCUAAGACUAGAAUAUGGUUAUGGUCCAGAACCUAAACCAGAGCCCUCCUAUAUUCACCCCAGUUACGCAGGUCGGAUAAGAGCUCUCAGUUCAUCCACAAACACUCACUCUCUGCUUCUGAUGAACAUCACUGACACUGAUCUCAUGCUCUACUGCUGCACUGACUAUAAGAUUGAGCAAACUCACUGCACAAAACUAGACUAUGAAGAGCAGCAGAAUGGUAUUGGUAAAUAUAUUAGCACGACAGUAUGGCUGCCUGUGAUCUGUGCACUUCUAUUACUCUCCCUGAUGUCAAAUGUGUGCAUGUGCUGGAAAAUAAAAAGACAAAAAAAAGAAAACUUACAGGAAUCAAAGACAUCAUAUAAAAGUACACAGGAUGAGCAGGAGAAUGAAGCUGAUGGAAUUUCAUAUGCAUCUGUGAAUAUAAAUAGAACGGAAAGAAACAGAGGACAACAUCAUCUCACACAGGACACAGUAUAUGCACGCAUUAAGUGAAAAUAAAUGCAUUUCUAAAAUCUAGAAUGUCUGCCUUCAUUUUGUAUAAGAUAAAUAAAAACUGCAUAACAAAGGCUGGAUAUAACGUUUUAUAUACACACUCACUCACAUACACAGACAUUCACAUUUUAAUGACACUCCUGUUGUACAUUUGGAUGGUGUUAAUUGUUUUUGUGCAACCAUAACAAAC